GUCUGUGAGGAGAGGCGCGAGCCGCUGCGGCGUCCCCUUAUCUCCGUGCCGAUGGCGCUGCCGGCGCCGCGCCGUGCCGCUGUCACUAGAGGGGUGGAGAAUGCGGUGACUGAACUUAAAAGUAAAGCCAAAACUCACCUUACUGGCAAAAGGGCUGCUUUGGAAGAAAUAGGAAAUAAAGUUGCGACGAGAGGAACACAUAUAGCUAAGAAAACAGAAUGCUCCAAAGCAUCCAUAAAGCCUGCGAAAGGUCCUAGUAAGAUGACGAAUGUAAUUGUAGUGCCUAAACCUCCAGCUGCUGUGAAUCAAGCAUUCAAAGAAACUGGUGCUCCAAAGGUUCUGUCUCCUGUCCCUAUGGAUGUAUCUAUGCAAGAGGAGGAUUUGUGCCAAGCCUUCUCUGAUGUGUUGCUCAACAAUGUAGAAGACAUUGAUGCUGAGGACUGGGGGAAUCCUCAGCUGUGUAGUGACUAUGUAAAAGAUAUCUACCUGUAUCUGAGAGAGCUUGAGCUGCAGCAAUCGGUCCGCCCACAUUACCUUGACGGGAAGACGAUCAAUGGGCGUAUGCGUGCGAUUUUAGUUGACUGGCUUGUCCAGGUCCACUCAAGAUUCCAGCUUUUGCAGGAAACACUGUAUAUGUGUGUUGCAGUUAUGGAUCGCUUCUUACAAAGUCAUCCAGUACCUCGUAAGAGGCUCCAGCUGGUGGGUGUAACAGCACUGCUUCUAGCUUCAAAAUACGAAGAGAUGUUCUCUCCUGAUGUAGCAGACUUUGUUUACAUUACUGACAAUGCCUACACCAGUCACGAAGUUAGAGAAAUGGAGAUUAUGAUUCUUAAAGAGUUAAACUUUGAUUUGGGACGACCUCUUCCAAUUCACUUCUUAAGAAGAGCAUCAAAAGCUGGGGAGGCUGAUGCUAAGCAACAUACACUAGCAAAAUACCUAAUGGAGCUGACGCUGAUAGACUAUGACAUGGUUCACCAUCGUCCUUCAGAGAUUGCAGCUGCUGCAUUAUGCUUGUCCCAAAAGAUUCUGGGACAUAACGAAUGGGGUACAAAGCAGCAGUACUACACUGGGUAUACAGAAGACAGUCUUGUGAUGACUAUGAAACAUAUGGCCAAGAACGUGGUCAAAGCAAAUGAGAAGUUAACAAAGUACACUGCUAUAAAGAACAAGUAUGCAAGUAGCAAACUACUGACGAUCAGCACAAUCCCUCAACUGAGCGGUGAGAUCAUCAAGGACCUGGCUUUAUCACUCUUAUGAUACCCCUAGGCAGCCAAGUCCUGAUGGUAUAUGCACUUUGUCCUUAUUUGCCUAUUGAGGCAAAACUACUGCUCUUUGUACAUAGCGUUCCAGCCUUACCACAGACAUUUCGGACUCACUCGGAAGGUGAAAUUUUAAACUUGCUUUGUAAUACAACUCUCUACCUAGAAAUAAAGCUCCUCUCUUUU